ACCGAGCAAUCCGUGCGGUAGACAUUUCGGCAUGUCGACCCCGAUAGCUCUCUAUAUAAUCCGUCUUGGUUUCUCUACUAUCGUCGUCAAUCAUGGAGAAGACAUUCGGUGACCUCGUUCCGUUCGCUGACCCGCCGUGGUACCAAGCUAUCAAAUCACCCUACUACAACGAAUCCCACGCUCGUUUACGGGCUGCUGUACGUCAGUACGUCGAGAAAGAGCUUCGUCCUCACGCGGAGGAAUGGGAGGUAGAGGGCAAAAUCCCUGACGAGGCUUUCAAGAAGCAUGCCGAGCAAGGUUUCGUCGCAGCUGCUAUCUGGCCAUUGCCUAAGGAAGAUAUGAAGAAAUUGGGAACCAAGCUGCCUGGCGGGGUCCAUCCCGACGAAUGGGAUGCCUUCCACGACUUCAUCUGCCACGACGAGCUUAUGCGCAUCGGCUACCUUGGAGUGAAUUGGGGAAUCUCCACAACGGGUAACGUCAUCGGUUUCCCUCCCGUCGUCGAGUUCGGCACGCAUCCAUUGAAGUCUGAACUUGUCCCUCAAGUCUUACGUGGUGAGAAGAGGUUUUGUUUGGGCGUUACGGAACCAGAUGCUGGAAGUGAUGUCGGUGGGAUCACGACGACUGCGGAGAAGGCUAGAGAUGGCACUCACUACCUCGUCAACGGAGCAAAGAAGUGGAUCACCAACGGUGUCUUUGCGGACUACAUGACCACAGCGGUGCGUACCGGUGGUCCUGGAGCGUCUGGUAUCUCGGUACUUGUCGUCCCCCUCGAUACUCCCGGCGUAACCCGCCGCAAGAUCCACAACUCCGGCGUCAACGCAUCUGGUUCCACCUAUGUCGAGCUCGACAACGUGAAGGUUCCUGUCUCCAACCUCCUCGGCAAGGAAGGCGAAGGUUUCAAGAUCAUAAUGUCCAAUUUCAACCACGAACGGUUGUGGCUCUCGUACCAAGCCAACCGCAUGUCACGCUGCUGCGUGGAAGAUGCCCUCCUCCACGCAAUGAAUCGCCAAGCAUUCGGCAAAGCACUCAUCGAACAACCCGUCAUCCGCGCAAAGCUCUCUGAGAUGGGCCGGCACGUGGCAGCGUCCCACGCUCUCCUCGAGCAACUCGUCUACCACUUCUCCCGCUCCACUCGCGCCGAAUCAGACGCCGACCUCGCUGGACUCAUCGCGUUGGCUAAGGUACAGUGUACCCGCUCCCUGGAAAUCGUUAACCGGGAGGCGCAGCAAGUGCUUGGCGGGUUGGGAUACCAGCGUGGAGGGAGGGGUGGUAGGAUUGAGCAGAUCAGCCGAGAUUUGAGAGUCAUGGUUGUCGGGGGUGGGAGCAUUGAAAUUGUGAGUGAUUUGGCUAUGAAGCAGGGUUUGAACAGUGCAAGGAGGAAGGGGGCGAAGAUUUGAUGUAGCAUGAGGUAGACUACCAGUAUGUCGAUCUGAGAUCUCUUAGGGUAGUAUCCAGCAAUCUAGGGUAGCUACCAGUCACCAUAAGGAUCGCCAAAAGCUUCAC